AUGGCUAACUUCGAGGAUAAGCACGAUCCUAUCGUUGAACUUCUCAACUCGGGUGCUGGAGAGCAUGACGAAGAUAUCAAAGUGAUUAGUAGAGAUCCGUUCAGCGAUAACUUCGUAGCUACACCAACCACAGCUCAGCUCUUGGAUCCCAGCUAUCACAUAAAGGACGAGGAAAAAAGCAAUACGAAUAAGAAUAGCAACGCAGGCAACAAUAAUAGCAGUAUCAGCAAUAUCAACAGCAUCAACAGUACUAGUAAUAUCCAUCACAACAAGCCAACCGGACUAACACCAAUGCUUGCACCAGCACCUGAUUUUGUGCCGCAUGCCAACAACCAGAUCGCCUACAUCAACAAAUCCAGCUUUUUGAACCCUUUGCCUCCUAUGGCUCCACUUUCAGAACUGGUCCUUCCCAACGGAAUCAAUAUAAACCCUCUAGCAUUGAACGGAUCGAGUAAACUUUCUAACGAUGACAAGAAAACUAUAACCAAUAACAGUAGUGCUGUGAGUAGCUCUAAAAGGAAAAAGGAACCAGCUGGACCCAAAACUAGACCUCUUUUUGUUACUAAGAUAUGGUCUAUGGUAAACGAUCCAGACAACCAGGAAUAUAUCCGUUGGAACGAAGAUGGAAAGACUUUUCAGGUUUUCCAUAGAGAAGAAUUCAUGAAGUACAUAUUACCCAAAUACUUCAAGCACAGUAAUUUCGCUUCCUUUGUCCGUCAAUUGAACAUGUACGGAUGGCACAAAGUACAAGAUAUCAACAGUGGAACUUUCAACCUGGGAAAGGGAGAUAAAGGCAUGGAAGAAGUGUGGCAAUUUGAGAAUCCAAAUUUCAUUAGAGAUAGAGAAGAUUUAUUGGACAAGAUUAUUAGAAACAAGAGUGUUUCCCAAGAGAGUGAACACGACAACAACGCCGUCAACUUCCAGAUCCUCCUCAAUGAAUUAGACAGCAUCAAGAUGAACCAAUUGGCUAUUGGUGAAGAUUUGCGUCGCGUCAGAAAAGAUAACAAAACAUUAUGGAACGAGAAUUACAUGACAAGAGAAAGACACCAACAGCAAGCCCAAACUCUUGACAGAAUCUUGAAGUUCUUAGCUGCUGUUUAUGGUAACAAUACUGGCAAGAUUCUAGAAGUAGAUAAUGGUCCAGAGUACAAUGAUGGUCAAAUGACUGCCUACAAUCCUGGCCAGCCCCCAUCGCCUAACCCCUACGCUCAACAAAUGUACGCUCCAAUACAGAAGCCAAUGCUUAUGCUCACGAAUCAAGCACAUGGACCUAGUCCGUCUGGUUCUACGUAUAAAUCUCCUAGACAAACUUCAAUAUCUAGUUCUAACAACAGGGAUCAUAGAGAUAGUUCCAUUACGGACUCGGGUUCGAUCGAAGAAAUUAUAAGAUCCUACGGAAACACUCCCAGAAAUGGCGAGAGAAGUGGCGAUGCUGCGAACAAUGUGAAUAGGAUAUAUCAACAGAUUAUCAACCAGGAGCCUUCGGCUGCUUCCCCUAGACAUUACUUCCCUGAGUUGAACAACAGUGGAAUGCCACAGAGUCCUUAUGUUGGCCCCAGCACUCCAUCGAACCAACAAUUUUUACGAGUGGCAACUCCUGAUAAUGCCAAUGACUUAAUGAAUGGUUUAGAGCAAAAUAUUUACAAGCAGGGACAGCUGAUUCAGCAAGUUCAAGACUGGAUCCAGAAACUUGCUUCACAGCAGCAGCAACAACAGGCCUCAAUUAACGAAAUUAAUGACGAAAUCAAGCACGAUUUAGACAGUUUUGAUGUUAACGAGUUUUUGAAUAACACUAAC